CCAGUCCCAGCCACAGCCACAACCGCAAGCACAGACGCAGUUCUCCACCGCCAAGCCCAAGCCGAAGGCUCACCAGCCCCGCUGGCGAUGUUCCUGCUGCGCUCCAGCUCCCGGCCAUCGCAGUCGGAUUUGGUGGCUGCCCUGCGCAGUGCCCACAGCAUUUCCGUGAUCGAUUCCCCAACGAAACAGACGCCGGAGAUCUUUGUGGGACCCGCAGGAAUGCCCAUUCCCGAUGACUAUGUGAAGUUUGAUCUUCCGUAUUUGUCGCAGCUGGCGCAGACCCGCGACCUCAGCGAUAUCUCCUUCUUUGUGGCACCGCUCAGCUAUCGUACACCGAAUGGAUUCAACAAGAUCCUCCUGCCCGAGCCGCAUGUGGGUUCCAUUGUGGUCAAUCGCGCCAAGGGCUCUGUUUCGGUGCAGACUCAGGCACCGCCACAGCGUCAGCAGCGUCCCUAUGCAACCGUGAGCAGCACGCGGAAUCCCUUCGAUACCACAACAGAGGCACAGGCACAGGCCUCGUUGCAGUCGCAGUCACAGGGUGCAUCGGGUGCACCUGUACGCGGAAACAAGUUCAGCUACUAUUACGUGCAGGACGGCAUCCAGGAGGUGAGUUCUCCGAAGAUUCCCGCCAAGCAGGAGCGCCACAAGAAGAAGCGACCCCAGAACGUUCAGGUGGAGCAUCAGCAUCAUCAGCAGCAGCAGCAGCCCAUCUACCGUCCACCCACCAAGACGCAGAACCCCUUCGACACGCUCAAUCAGAUCGGAGGCGAUGACUUCUUUAAGUCGCUAAGCAGCAAGCCCACCACUACCAGCUCCACAUCCACCAGCACAACCUCGACCACAACCUCAACGACUUCCACAGAGGCGGCGCCCACCCAGCCCCUCUUUACGUACAGCACCCGGCCGCAGGUGGAAUUCCCUGGCUCCAGUGGCCACCUGUAUCCCGAGCACCUGCAGCCCGUCGUCCAGGAACAGCAGCCCCGUCUGACCACGCGACCGCCGACGGCCACCACAGUGGAAGAAGAGCAUCGCAUGAAGCAGUACUUCCGGCAGCAAGAUGACUUCCGCCAGCGUCCGCUCACUACGAUUCCGCCCGCCUUCGAACAGGUUCAGUACACGCCCAGCGCACCCGACUACGAGGUGCCUACGACGCAGAGGGUCAAGAGCAAGCAUCGCGUGAACAUCUAUACGCCCGCAGCAGUGCCGGUGACCACCUCGGAUGUGGGCUACCAAGUAAACCAAGAGCAGGCGCAGGCGCCGCUGAAUCACAGGCCCAGCUUUAACCAAGUGCAGAACGAGAUUCUGGAUAACAGCAACGUGGAUUACGAGCCGAACCCCUACCAUGUACCGUCGGAGCUGCCGGCCUUGACGCCCGACAUUCCCGGAUUGGUCAAUAAUCUCCAGGAGAAAGACAAGCUCCAGCCAGGAACAACCAUCACGCCACAGAGCGAACCCGAGGCGGAAACGCGACCCAUCCGCCGUCCCCUGCUGCGCACUCGCAAGCCAGCCGUUUCCAAGGUAGUGACCACCUCCUCCGUGUCCUACUCCGAGUCCGAGUCAAGCGGAAAGGUGCCGCAUCGCAUCCGUCAACCAUACGGAAACCGAGGCACUGCAGCCGGAACCGCCUCCACCACGGGCGGCGGAUACCAGGGAGACGACUCUGCACAAAUCCCCACCCGGCGUCCAACCAGCGCCCGGAAUCCCCUCAUACGGAAUCCAAAUCGCAUCCGCUACAGGCCCACCACCGAGGAGCGCCAGUCGCUGAAGGUGAAGACCAGAAAGGGAUCAAAGAACGGCCAACGCGAAGACCAGGAUCUCGACUACCAACGUGACGUGCUCAAGCAGAACUAUCCGGUGUUCAAGGGCUCCUCCUCAGCCCCCUCGCGCCGACCCACAAGCCCCACCGCCAUUCCCAGUUCAUAUGACUUUCAAGCCACCACCGAGGGCCCGGCAUCGGAGUCACAGCAGGUGUACACGGUGACGCCGAGCAACAGCAUCGACAGCGCCAGCGUUCAGGGUUCGGGAUUCCCGUCCAGCCUGCUGGAGCCCAUGCAGAUUGCCCAGCAUUACCAGGAGUUCUCCAAGGACAACUACGGGCCCGGCUACUUCCCCAAUCAGGAGGAUCUCACACCCACCGAGGCCAUUGUUCGCAAUGAGGUGAGUCCCAUUAUCACCACGCUGGCUACCACAACGCCCUCGACAACUACGACCAGCACCACGACAACCACUGAGUCAGCGGCCACGACCACAACACGUCGCUCGCCGUUCGUGCGCCGGAACUAUCCCAGGGUGAGGACUACCACCACAACAGAGCCGCCAAUGACCAGCACCACGCCCUCGGAGGAGCGUCCUUCCAUUCGCACUCGCCUGCCGCCUCGUCGUGUGGUCAAGGUGCGACAACGUCAGCGUCGUCCAGGACACCCUGCCUCCUCCACUGCGGCCCCCGAAGAGGAAGUCCAGGAAGCAGCAACCCAGAGGACAAAUCUCCGGAAGCUGAGCCGCUACAAUCAAGAGCCCAAAGAAAAGGAGCAGACAACCAUCACCCAGCGGCGUCGCUACAAGCAGCCAUUCCAGCUGGAGGGCCAAGAGUCCCUGUGGUCGCCAUCCUCGGAGACUUCCAACAGCAACAACAAUGCCAAUGCCAACACCAACAGUUUUAAGCCACUGAAUCCCAAGUACAAGACAGAGGCGCACAACUUCGAGAACGAGCCAGAGAUCGUGACUGUGGGACCCACAGCGCAGCCCGAGAAGUACGAGUUCAACGUAGCUGCGGAUCUAGGUGGAUCAGCGGUGCAACGCACCACCACUCUAAAGACUCCGAACCUGAAACCAGAGAAAUCCUUUGCUGAACUGCUCGAGGAAGUGAUGGGCAAGGUGCCCGAGGAACUGGCCACAGAGUCACCCAACACCAGCAGCACCAUUGGCAGGCUCAAUAGGCGUGGCAAGUGGAAGAAGAGCCGCGUGACUAGUGGAUCGGAAAAUGGCGAAAACUUCGAGACGGCCGAGUCCCAGAAUCUGGGACCUCAGCUCUACAAUGCCCUGCAGGCGGCCAGCGAGAAGGAGGAGCAGAAGCCGAAGACCACCACCCCGCUGACACCAGCAGCCACCGAGGCUGAGACAGCAGAAACGAUAGUCCCCACCACGGCUGCCUCGCCCACGACACCAGAGGAGUAUGAGGUGACCACCGCCAGAGCCUUGGAGGAGGCAACAAUGGCAUCGACGCUGCCGAUGGAGACGCUGGAGAGUGCCACGCGACGCAAGGAUACCGCGGCGGAUGUGGAUGUGGAUGGGGAUGGCGACCUGGAGACGAAGCCCAGCAUCUUCACAGAGGUGAAGAAGCAGCUGCACGUUAUGUUUGCCAUCGAAGAGAGCGAGGACAAGACGGUGAGCGCUGCCCUGGCUGCCGUGGGUAAGCGUCGCCAGGAGUACACGAGCAUCAAGCGCAGCACUACUCCAGCCACGUCCACGGACAAAACCACUCUCUCACCAGCGGACGAUGAGCUGACAGCCACCACCACCACAGCAGCAGAAGGUGCUUCGGAGGGUAGCAAAGAUAACUUCCACAAGGACCUCAUGGAGCAUGUGGUUUAUGCCACAUCCACAUCGAGCAAAGUCCCCUCUGAGACAGAGAUCUGCUAUCGCGGACGCUGCAUAAGGUCCGAGGAUCUGCCCGCCAACCACAAACUGCACUGAGCUGAGCAUUCCUCCGGCAGAGCAUGGAGGAGUACAUGUACAUAAGGGCAAACGGAAUACGCACAGGUAAAGCCUGGGGCCGGGGCGAGUGAGGGUGGACAGGCGGCCGCCACCUUAAGGGGCGGCGCUAGUCAGCACAGCUCCUCAUCCUCAGCCCGCAGAAACGCACAAGCCGUAUCCAGAUGUAAUUAACUAGCUUUAAAUACAAAUAUGUUCAUAAGGACAAGCAGAUCGAGGGUUUGAUGGAUGGAUUCACCCUAUGCCCAUUCGCAGUGACUAGGACUGGUUCGAAGGCUGUAGAAGUUCUUGGAUAAGAUAAAUAUUUAGCUGAAGACGCUUUGGAAUGAUAUUAUAUAUUCCUAUCAAAGAAUUUCUAUAAGCUUAUUCUGCUCAUCCUUGCGAGUGUUGUCAAAGGAAUGUUUCCCGGAUAUAUCGUAUUCCCGUUUAGAGAAUUUAGUACAUAGAUCUUAGAGUUAGCGAAGUCUUGUACCAUACAAUAUUGUGUACUAACAAAUACAAAUACAGAUACCAAUAAAAUAAAACAACGAAAAUCU